AUGGUACGCGCUUUUGCGAGGAUCCCGACAGUCAUGCUUGCCCAAGCUGCAGCAGCAUUCUGCGCGCUUUUGGUUCUGGCCGGCGGGGACGGAAUUCCUUAUUCUACCCAGAGAUCGUCACGUCACACUUUAACCUUUAUUCCUCGUUCUUCAAGGCAGCCGGAACGCCGUUAUUCCUACGAGAAUACGUCAUACCAGCAACGCAACGUACGCCGCAACAUCUACGAGGUAAAUGCGCCGGCUUCCCAAGAAGAUGCCGUUUCUUACUUUGCACACCUUCUCAACGCCACACCUAACCCGGCUUUUGCCCCUAUUGAGGUUCCAGAAGGUGACUUUUUAUCGUUGACUAAGCAGGUCUCGACUGUCGGACCCGCCACCAACGACACACCUUCGCUGAAAUCUAUUAUGGACGCUGGUACUGAUGUGUUCAGGAUCAAUUUUUCACAUGGUACACGUACGUCCAAAGUACAUCUUUUCCGUAUCAUCCGUCAGCUCGAGCUCCAGCCGUCACCUGAGGGCGCUUCAUCUUCCGGUAGCUUUGUGCUCAGCCCUAGGGCUAUUCUUGGUGACAUUCAGGGUCCUAAGUUGCGUAUUGGAAAGUUCAUGCCUAACGCCGAUGUUAAGGGCAAAGGUAUGGGUAACUCCGACGCCGACUACGUUGACUUAAAGAAGGGCGAUGAGUUCACUUUUGACACUGCCGACGUUAAGGGUACCCUUACCCGUGUACAAUUCAACUACCCUGAUAUUUUGAGGGGUUUGGAAGUUGGUAAUGUUGUUUCCUUGGACGAUGGUAACAUUUCUAUGCGUGUCAUUGAGGUGAACCAAGAGGCACCCUAUGUAAAGGCUGUUGUUCUUAACGACGGUGUCCUAUCUAGCCGCAAGGGUCUGGCAGUACCUAAUGUCGCCAUUCCUGUCGAUUUGUUAAGCGAAAAGGACGUGAAAGACACUGUUUUCAGUUACGCUGCUGGAGCAGACUUCCUCGGUGUCAGCUUCGUCCAAAAGACCCAAGACAUCCUUUACAUCAAGAACGUCUUGAUUGACUUCGCUGAAAGUCCUUACUUGCAGCCUCUGCGCAACCGCAUGGACGAGCUGGGUGUUUCUUUCGAAAGCAAGGAUGAAGAGGACCCAGAGCUUGAAGCUAUCCUCGACACGUACUACCAUGAGCAUUUCUUGCCUAACAAAUCUAAAUUUAUGACUGCGAUCCCUAGCAAGGAGAAUGUUGGUCUUGGAAUCAUCCCCAAGAUUGAAAAGCAGCCUGCUCUUGACGACAUUAACGGCAUUCUGGAGGUUUCAGAUGGUCUCAUGAUUGCCCGUGGUGAUUUGGGUGUCGAAACUGAACUUACCAACUUACCCGUCACCCAGAAGCGUCUGGUCCAACUCUGCCGUCUUGUCUACCACAAGCCUGUCAUUGUUGCUACCCAAAUGCUGGAAACCAUGCGUAAGAACCCCAAGCCUACUAGGGCAGAAACCACCGACUGUGCCAACGCCGUAUACGACGGUGCUGAUGCUGUGAUGUUGUCUGCCGAGUCUGCUACUGGUUUGUACCCAGCCCACACUGUGUCUGUACAGCGUUUGAUUUGCCGCAACGCUGAGCGCGACCCUCACUUCUCUGCUCUUCAGAUUAUGAAGGAGAUGAUGCUUCACCAAGACUUGCUCGUUGGUUUGGGCCGCCUUCGUCCUCGUGAGGUGGACAACAUCAACAAAUUGAUGGAGCUUGAUUUGAAAACCACCAGAGACUACGAAGCCCGUCACGCGGAUUUGGUUGCCUCAUCUGACAGACUUUCUGAGACCCUUGCCACCAUUGACGUAGAUGCUCUUGCUAUUCACGCUGAUGACGUGGGUGAUCUCGUCCAGUGGGUUGCUUCCAAGCGCCACACCAUGCCAAUAAUCUUCCUUACUACCAAUGUGGAGCUUGCUAGACGCCUACAGCUUACAUGGAGUGUAAAGCCACACAUGCUACCUAUUGGCGCCAACGCCACGACAUUCGCACAAGAAAUUGCGCCACUAUACGUACAACAAAAAGGUAAAGUACUUAUGGUGGAGAGUUCUGAAAACAAGAUCAAAUCCAGCCUCGUAUUCGAGGUUCUCUAA